UGUUUCAACUGAGAAAAUAUACAAUUUUGGGAAUAUUAGCUCAUUUUGAAUUUGAUGUGGCAACAUGUCUCAAAUGAUUGUGUGGCAGUGUCCUGUGGCCCCUCUUCUUUUAUAUCCAGUCCCUAAAUGUCCGGGGUCUGGGGAGAGCAGCUGCUGGACCUUUGGUCCUUUUCUUCUCUGAUAGCUGAUUCUAGCUGCAGUUAUAUUUCUUGUUUCAUGAUGCUUCAAAUGUUUUCUGUUGAUGAAAGGUCUGGAAUGCAAGCAGGCCACUCCAGCACUGAGUUCUGAUAAUACGUCAGAUGGUCCCUCUCGUCCUCAGUCUGGAGGACACAGCGUCCAUGUUUUCCAGUAAGAAUUUCAGAUUUCAGUUUGUCCACAGAACAAUUUUCCACUUUGCCUUUUAACAAGCUUUUUCCCCAGAGAAGUUCUUUGCAUGGAUGUGCGUUACCCUGCUUUUGGGCUGCCUGAGGGUCCAACGAUCACAGGCAUACAGUUUAGAUUUUUGACUUGAUCAUCAUUUGCAUAUCACCAUCAUGCAGAUGAUGAGAUAGUUUUUUACACCGAGAAGUAUUAUUAUAAUUUUUAAUGUCAAUCUCAGACUGUCAUCUUCUGUUAGUACAGCCCAUCUAAAAAGUCUGUUCUCCAGAUUUAAAUUCUAGUGUGUCUGAGCCGUCUGAUUUGUGGAUGGAUAUUCUAACCAAACUGUGAGCUGAUAGCCUCGUGCUGCAUCAUCUUGUUAAAUACGACAACUUCUGGCUCCAAAAAACGAGCACUGGAGCAGCAAAACACCAUCUUUGACACUUAAAAUACAAAAUCAAAGACCAUGGGGUAUGUCUGUUUGUUGUUUGCAGCCAACAGCCAUCUGGAGCCAUCAUCAAGUGGCCACUCAAAGAAUUGCAGCAUUUAGGAAUCGCAUGCUAAAUACUGCAGGCUGUUAUUCUGCAGUCUGGGCUGAUAGAAUAGAAUAGCCCUUUAUUGUCAUUGUACAUGUACAAUGAAAUUGUGAUUUACAGUAGGAGAGAUAAAAUAAAAAAAGAGAGCUUUGGUUUCAGCUGCCGUCUCUCACUGGAGAGUUUUCCUAGAAGAGUUGAAGUUUAACGCCUGUGCUGUUAGGAUGAAAUCUUUAGCAGCUCCACAGAAUUCAGCUCUGGGUUUGAAACCAGUAUAAUUCUGUGGGUUUAUCUCAAGACAGCGUAUCACUCCACAGACACACAGACACUUUCAUUCUGAUCUAAUUAGGCUAUCUUUUAUUGAAAUAACACAUCACCACAAUGGAAAGAAUGACUUUUUGCAUGCCUGAAAAACAGAAACAGGAAAAGUAUCCAGAGAUGGAGUAAUUUCAUUAUCUUAUCUAAGCACACAAUAAUCAUAUACUGCAGAUUAUUUCAAUACAAAAACUAUGAACAAAUCUUACUGUGAAAAAACAUGAAAUCACCCUGUGUUCAGUUUGAAACUGUGGGACUGUUUAUUGCUUCUACUCACUUUUCUAGUCAUGGGACUGCAGGUCACUUGACAUCCCUCCCACCAAACUCAACGUCUUUCAUUAGGAGAUCAGAUGUGAUUUAAUAAACCUGCUCUGCUUCACCUCAGUACAGGACACAUGUCACAUCAUUCUUUAGAAAAAAAACCCUCAAAGCUUAAUACUUUCCACUUUUUCCACAUUUUCAGCUACACAGAUGUGGAUUUUCUUCAUAAAGCCCCGUUGAUUAUCUUAAGUCUGAAUGGACCUUUUCUAAGCAGCCAUGGCUUGGAACAGAAGUCUAACAGUCUAAUUUAAUCAUAGGGAGUGGGGUGGGAGAUUCUCCCAGAGCUGAUUAAGGGAAUAUUAAGAGAAACCAGUAAGAGAUUUACCUUCAGAUCUUUGUGGCUGCUCCAUCCGCGUGAAGCUAGUUUGUAAAACUUUAGCUUUAAAUUAAAAAAACAAACAAAAAACAACUUGAUUUCUUGAAUUCAAGAUGAAAACAGCGGAUUCAUUCUAGAAAAUAUUCUGAAAGAAACGCCUUUAAGAGCUGAAGCGUCGACCGGCAGGAGGAUUUUCUCCCGGUGAGACAGAAACAUCAGUGAUGUCGAAGCUGCUUGGCUCUCUGCUUCUCCUGUGUUUACUUCCAGCUGUGGUUCCCCUCUUCUGUUACACCUGUGUGUUCCCCACCAUCUCCCCUCUGGACUGCAUCAGAUUCCCCCUGAAGUGUCCACCUGGGCAGCUCUGCCUGUCCAGCCGAGCCGUCGGUGAGAAAGGGGACUUCCGUGUGGUUUUGUACGAGAAGAGCUGCGUCCUGCCCUCCCUGUGCGGAAUCACGGGUGAAAAAUACGCGCUGGGACUCAACUUCACCUUCACCAAUGAAUGCUGCAACACUCACUUGUGUAAUGGCGCUGCUACAUCUGCUGCCCCCUACUGGAUUGGGACAUUAUUCACACUUCUAACUCUGUACUCCGUUUGGUGAAUAGUCAAUGAUAUAAAGCAGUUUGGCAGAGAUAGAGUUCCUAUUUCCGCCCUCUAAUGGACAAAAGCUGUACUAAACUUUUUAAAAACAAUAUAUUUAUUUAUUUUUACUCUAACAGUAAAUCGGUAACAAUAAGGCAAGCGCACCAGUGUAAAGUCCAAAUUCACACAGACACACAUGAAAAAGUACAACGUUUAAAACAAACAAUGUCCUGGUAAAUUUUCUGUUGGAUUCAAAAAUCUCACAAAAUUAAAAAAAAACUUUGUCGUUCAGUAUAUGCAGUUCUUGAAGGUUUGAGUCCAUUUAUAAUAUUUUGUCUUCAUUAAUUUUUGCUCAUUUUUAUGGUAUGUCUGUGUUUCUGGAUACAAACCAAUCACAGUGAAACAGGCUUUCUUUAGCCUCUGCACAUUUAGUUCAUAUGCAUAUUUAUAUCGUAACAAUUUACCUGCAUUAACCAGUUACAGUGUAUUAAUCUGAGGCAUGUAUUCACCUGCUGAUAUUUUCAUUUUAAAAUCUUUGUUCUGUGCAUUUAUUUCAUGACCUGAAGUUUCUGACGAGCAGGAUGGAAACAUUCUAAAAUACUGAUAUGACUGCCUUUCUUUAACAGUCCUUUGUAUAUAUCAGCAGGUGUUUUGGAGGUCCAUUGAGUUAAAUAUGUUGGUUUUACAAAGCAUGCAACCUGUAGAAGUGUAAAGGUUUUUUAUUCAGAUUGAAUUGAUUCCUGUUAUUGAAACAGUCAGGAUAAGAACAGAGUGUGGAAGACAGAUGGUGAAUCUUUUCACUCCUUUUAGAACACAAACAGUGACGAGUCACAGCUAGAAGAGAAGCCUGGCACCAAAAUGUAGGCAUAGACUAAACAUCCAGGGUACCAACACUUGUUCCUGUUCCUCUGUAUCAUAGACAUUAAAUUGGUGGCAUUUUGCAUUGAAAAUAUAUGUUUCAUGAUGAGAUGCUGAUCCCAUGACCAGAUGCUCAAUAACAAAAAUCAUGCUGUUUUCUGCCCUGAAAACUGAAUAUAUUUGUCUUCUUCUGUACUUCUGAAAGACAAAAAAAUGCUGGAAAAAUAAAGCAAAUG